AUGGCCAGAGAAAACUCAUUGAUGAGCUUCUCAUUCAGUUUUAGAUAUCUCUGUCACUUUACUCUCCUCCUCUCUCUCCUCUCCUUCGUCUCUUUUCUCUUCAGACACAACACAACACUCUGUUCUUGUCCGUACGACAUCAGUCCAAACGCACACACAUUCGAUCACCGCCAUAGCAACGAAACCAUCGAUCUGCUUCGAUUCUCUUCCGCUUGGAACCAUUUAACUUUCUUCCCGUCUAAACCGAAGAAAGUUCUCAAGAUCGCUGUGGUGGUUAAGAAAUGGCCGCAGAAAUCGCAAGCUGGUGGGCUCGAGCGACACGCGCUUACGCUGCACCUCGCUCUAGCUAAUCGCGGUCACGAGGUUCAUGUUUUCACCGCCGCUUCUCCGUCGUUCCCUGAAUAUCGACUGAAAAAUCUCCGGUUUCAUCUCUCUGAGCCAACCGCCGGUGGAUAUCUCGAUCAAGCUUCUGUGUCGCAAGAGCUUCAGGUAAACAGAGAAUUUACCUGUACCGCGUCGCUGGUUUGGACGCCGCUACUUUGCGUUUUCCCUAGUUUGCGUUUACGAGCCAAGAACCUCCCAAACGUGUUCGCGUCGUGGCAUAGAAUCGCUUACGAAACUUUUCAAUCCGACAUCAUCCAAGAACUUUUACGACAAGCAGACGUCGCCGCAUCCGCCGCUGUUGGAGCCGAAGAAGAACAGCCACCGCCUUCCUCUCCAGCAUUGACGGAGAGAGCGAAGAGAGUCGUCGAAGAAGUCAAAUUCUUCCAACGCUACGCUCACCACGUGGCAACUAGCGAUCACUGCGGCGACGUACUCAAGAGGAUCUACAUGAUUCCCGAGGAACGGGUCCACAUCAUCCUAAACGGCGUCGACGAGAGCGUUUUCAAACCGGACGUUUCCAAACGCGAGAGCUUCAGAGAGAAAAUUGGCGUUAGAAGCGGCAAGAACAAAAGAACUCCUCUGGUUCUUGGAAUCGCAGGGAGGUUAGUGAGAGAUAAAGGUCAUCCUUUGAUGUUCUCAGCUUUGAAACGAGUGUUUGAAGAAAACAAGACAGCACGUGAAAACGUGGUCGUUUUAGUAGCUGGAGAUGGUCCGUGGGGAAACAGAUAUAGAGACCUCGGGUCUAAUAAUGUGAUCGUUCUUGGACCGUUGGAUCAAGAAAAGCUAGCCGGAUUCUACAACGCGAUCGAUGUGUUUGUGAACCCGACGCUUAGAGCUCAAGGGCUCGAUCAUACUCUCUUGGAAGCCAUGGUUUCAGGCAAACCGGUCUUAGCCACGAGGCUAGCGAGCAUCACUGGGUCAGUGGUCGUUGGUCCACAUUUGGGUUAUACUUUCUCACCGAACGUUGAGUCUCUCGCGGAGGCGAUUUCUCGGGUUGUUAGCGAUGGAACAGAGGAAUUGCAGAGGAAAGGCAAGGAAGCACGUGAACGGUCUUUGAGGCUUUUCACGGCGUCUAAAAUGGCUGAUGCGUAUGAAAGGUUGUUUCUUUGUAUUUCGGAUAAGAGCUUUUGUACAAUACAAGCUUGA